CCGACAUCUUUUACUCUUUCCACCGGUACUACAAACGAUAUAAUUAUCACCACUUACCACUAAAUAAAUAUAUAUAUAAUUAUCACCACUGAGACCACUGACCACUAAUUAUCACCACUGACCACUAAAUUAAACUGCAACAAUAUAUAAAUAUAAAUGCACACCGCGCUUGAAUACUCAAAUACGAAAUUAUUAUUCUUUGAAAAGCAUCAAAGAUCUACGAAAUGCAGCUAAAGAAUAUUUAAAAAAGUCGUCAGAGAGAAAAAGAGAGAGUCGGAGAUUAACGGUGGAGAUGAAAGCAGCAGGUAAUAGCUCCAUGAAAAGGGGAAGAGUAUGCGUAACCGGUGGAACUGGUUUUCUUGGAUCAUGGAUGGUUAAAACCCUUCUUCAACGUGGCUAUCAUGUCAACACAACUGCAAGGCUUCAUCCAGAGGGCAAAAGGGACAUUACCUACCUCACGAGCCUCCCCGGCGCGUCGGACCGCCUCCGGAUCUUCUCCGCCGACCUCGACCGCCCCGAAGCCUUCGCGGCCGCCAUCGACGGAUGCGCCGGGGUCUUCCACGUCGCGACGCCGCUGGACUUCGAGGAGAAAGAACCGGAGGAGGUGAAGAUCCGGCGGGUCACCAGCGGGACACGCGCCAUCCUGCAGGCGUGCGUCGACGCCGGAACCGUGCGGCGCGUGGUCUACACCUCCACCAUAGGGACGGCGGUUUUCAACGGCGGAGUUUUCUCCGGCGACGGGGGACCGGUGGACGAGGGGUCGUGGAGCGAUCUGGAGUUUUUGAGGGCGGUGAAGCCGUUCGGGGCGGCGUACAUGGCGACGAAGACGGUGACGGAGAAAUUGGCCUUGGAAUUUGGGGAGAAAAAUGGAUUGGAUGUGGUGACGGUGCUGCCAUCCUGGAUUCACGGGCCCUUCAUUUGUCCACGAUGUCCGGACUCGGUUCAAAUAUCAAUGGCCUUAAUUUUGGGGGAUGAGAAGUACUAUGAGAGGCUUGUGAACACGUGGUUGGUGCACGUGGACGACGUCGUUAGAGCCCAUAUUCAUCUCUUCGAGUAUCCCAACGCAAAGGGGAGAUACAUUUGCUCAGCUACAAAUACUAACAUACACCAAUUGCACCAAUUUCUGGCUGUUACAUACCCUCAACUUAAGCUGCCAACUGCAGAGUCCUUGAAGCAUUUCAAGCCUUUUGCAUUCCGAGCUAUUUCCAGCAAUAAACUUCUGGAAACUGGAUUUGAGUAUGAAAAAGGGCUCAAAGAAAUGUACGAUGGUGCAAUAACUUCAUGCAAGGAAAUUGGUCUUCUCUAAUUUGAUGAUUUUNUUUUUUUUUUUUUU